GUUCAAUAGGUGCGCUCGUCUUGAUUUCUCUACGCUACGCGUUCGCGUUUUUCGUGCGUUCAUGGAAUCCUUAAUCCCGGUCAUAAACAAAUUGCAAGAUGUUUUCAACACAGUGGGAACUGAAACAAUCCAACUACCACAAAUUGUUGUUCUGGGAACUCAGAGUUCAGGAAAGAGUUCAGUCCUCGAAAACUUGGUUGGUCGAGACUUUCUACCGAGAGGACCUGGAAUUGUGACUCGCAGACCACUUGUUUUACAACUUAUUCAUGUAGAUGAAUCAGACCAGGCUACACGUGUUGCUGAAGGUGAUGGUACUUCAACUGAAUGGGCCACAUUUCUACAUAAUAAGAAAAUAUUUCGGGAUUUCGAUGAAGUUCGUAAUGAAAUUAAGAGUGAAACUGAUCGAGUUGCUGGGUCUGGGAAGUCUGUCAGUGCAGAACCUAUCAACUUGAAGAUAUUUAGCCCACGUGUUCUCAACCUUACAUUGGUCGAUCUCCCAGGUAUUACCAAAGUUCCCGUUGGUGAUCAGCCGGAGGAUAUUGAAUCGCUAAUUAAUGAUUUAUGCCUUCCGUACAUAAAUAAUCCAAACAGUGUGAUUUUAGCAGUCACACCAGCCAAUGCAGAUAUGGCUACUAGCGAAGGUCUUAAACUAGCUAAAACUGUUGAUCCUGAUGGUCGUAGAACUUUAUGCAUUCUGACAAAGUUAGAUCUAAUGGAUCACGGGACAGAUGCACACGAUCUUUUAUUAGGACGUGUUGUUCCAGUCAAACUUGGUAUAAUCGGUGUUGUCAAUCGCUCUCAAGCUGACAUCAAAGCUGGUAAAACUAUCGACGAGGCAUUACAAGAUGAAGCCACUUUUCUUCAACGACGUUAUCCGUCUCUUGCUAGCAGAAAUGGAACUCCUUUCUUGGCCAGGACACUGAACAGACUUUUAAUGCAUCAUAUUAGAGACUGUUUACCUGACUUGAAAACGCGUGUAAAUGUUAUGGCUGCACAAUUCCAGAAUCUCUUAAAUACCUUCGGUGAUGAAAUCGAAGACCGAGGACAACUUCUGCUGCAAAUUAUUACAAAGUUUAAUACUGCCUAUUGUAAUACAAUUGAUGGUGUUGCAAAAGAUAUAGAAACAACUGAAUUAUGUGGUGGUGCUCGUAUUUGUUACAUAUUUCAUGAAACAUUCUAUCGUACACUAAGUAAAAUUGAUCCAUUGGGUGGUCUUUCUACUCUUGAUAUUUUAACGGCAAUAAGAAAUGCUACCGGUCCAAGACCUGCCUUAUUUGUUCCAGAAGUUUCUUUUGAACUGUUAGUAAAACGACAAAUUAGACGUCUUGAAGAACCGAGUUUACGAUGUGUUGAAUUGGUGCAUGAAGAGAUGCAGCGUAUUAUUCAACAUUGUGGUGCUCAACAAGAACUCCUACGAUUUCCCAAACUACAUGAACGUAUAGUCGAUGUGGUUACCUCUGUGCUACGUCAGCGGUUACAGCCAACUAAUCAAAUGGUUACUAAUUUAGUAUCUAUUGAAUUAGCUUAUAUUAACACUCGACAUCCAGAUUUUUCAGAUGCGCUUAGCACUCAUCGACAACAAGCUCCUGGAUUGGAUAAUUUGUCACUUCACGACCAAUCAAUCACACAAGGAUCAGCUAUUGGAUCAGCUCUGCGUAAUACAUCUGCUUCACAUAUUAAUCGUCGUCUAACUUCAUCGAUUACGCAUGAGGAAUCAAACAAUUCGUUUACUAUGAAUGGUCCUUCUCAAGAACAACAUUCAGAUAAUUCACAAAUUGGCCUAAGUCUAACACCAGAUAUUCAAACAGAAGUUCAACAGCACAAAUUAACUCCUAAUGAACGACACGAUUGCGAAGUGAUUGGUCGACUAAUUCGUUCCUAUUUCCUAAUUGUUCGUAAAAAUAUACAAGACACUGUUCCAAAGGCAAUAAUGCAUUUCCUGGUGAAUUUUGUUAAAGAUAAUUUGCAAUCAGAACUUGUUAGUAAGUUGUAUAAACAAGAUGAAUAUGAUGUACUGUUGCAAGAAAGUGAACGAGUUGCUCAACGUAGAAGAGAAGCUUCAGAAAUGCUAAAGGCUCUACAGAAGGCCAGUUUAAUCAUCGGUGAAAUACGUGAAACCCAUUUAUGGUGAUUAAUUCAUUGUGCUAUUAACUCCCUUUCUCUCUCUCUUCCUCUUAUCAGUAAAGUAGGUUGUUCCUUUUUAUAGUUAUGAUGAUGAGAUCGAUUCUCUGUCUUGUUGUAUUCGCAUACACCUUCACAUUGAAUGCCUGUGUAUGUAACCGUCUGUUUUUCGCCGUCAUUAUUCCAGCCAUCCUUUCUAAUCUCUCUUUGUGAAUGUACAUUCCUCUAUACUCUGAUUGUUUUUGCUCUUGUCUGUUCAUCGUCUAUGCACACACACACCAAUUUUAUAUAAUCCAUACUGUGUUAACGACUCUUACUUAACUGGCACUGUACUAGUAGUGGUGCUACUAUUAUGUUGUUAGUACCAAUACCAAGCAAUGGAAUUCAUUGAAAAAAAUUCAUUCAUCCCUCACAUAUAGACACAUUUUAGCAUAAUAAUAAUAAUAACAAUGGUGAUGAUGAUGGUGAUUAUAAAGGAUUGUACUUUGUCACCAAAAAAGUACGCUAUCUUUUUGUUUAAUUUGUAGUUGUUUUGUUUUUUCUUAUAUGUAGGAUGAUUUAAUGUAAAAUGACUAAGUGUGAGUAUGUUUAUUUCUGUUAUUGUGUUAGCUUUCUUUGUCAUUGUCAUUACCAUGUGUUAAUCAUUUCUUUUUCUCCUCUAGUCUAUAUAUACAGAAAUAUCAAUUUCUUCGUAUUCUAAGUAAUCUAUUUAUUUGUUUGUAUGUAAGUGUGUGCUUGUGGUGUUUACUUACAUCAUACUUCAAAUGGUGUGUAGUCAUUGGAAAAUGUGUUAUUUUGUCGUGAUUACAUCUCUUCUACUACAAUUACCAGCACUACUGCAAGUGUUACUACAGAAGCAAUUCAAUUUUCUAGCAAUGUUGAAAUGUACCUGCGUAUCUACCUAACUACCGACCGAUCGACCCCCGAAACCAUCUACCUUUUUCUCUCUAUAGCACUCAAUUCAUCUCAUCAUUAUGUAAAACAUUAGGAAUGAUUCAUCUUUGUUUUCUUCUAGUUAAUCUAUUGCAAACAUUUGGGUUUUUUGUCCUGUUUACUUAUUUUUUUUAGAAAAUCUUAUAUCUUGUAGAAUGAGAGUGGCGAUCGUCAAAGUGUCAUUUUUUCUCCUUCUCUAGAAGAAAAUCAUAUUAUUUUUGGUAUGCAAUUGUCGGAUAUAUGUGUGUGUUAUUGAUUUCUUUUAUUCCUCUCCAUGGUCUUCUUGAUCUCUGUCAUUAAUUAUCAAUUAGUUAUGUAUUUGUGUGUGUAUUAACAAAAUGUAUCUAUCCUUCAUUUAUUUAUUUAUUCAUCUGUCUGUUUGACAUUCAGUUCGCCUUCUCUCUCUCUCUUUUUUGUCUAUUAAAUUAUUUAGACUGUGAUUAGCCAUACUAACUGAAUGAUGUUUUGCUUUAUUUAUUUAUGUAUGGUUGUAUGUAUGUAUGUAUUGUGUCUUUAUUCAUCAGUCAUCCUACUCGGAAUGAAUUAAAUAUAAAUACAUUUGUGGAAAGUAACUGUAAUAAGGCCAAGUGUCAAAUGGGUUAGGUUUUAAUAUCACUGUUGUAAGGGUAUCCUGCAUUGUGUAUGUGAUACAAUCGACUGGUUCAUUAUUGAAUUCAAUAUUAUACACUAUUAAUAUUAUUACUAUUAUUAUUACUCCUUUAAGUUUCGAGUGGAAUGUCAGGCUUCAACAGUACAUCUGCAUUUCAUCGCGUUUUCUGUAGAUGUCUUUUGCUGGCGGCUUUUCGUUACACAAUCUCCU